CUAACAUAAGCAGUUAUGAGUGCUUAUUACUUCCCUUGAGCCGACCGCUCCUCUAUAACGUCGACACACUGAACCCUAGCCAAACCAUUAACUCGCUCAGAGCUCCAUCGCGAGCUUGUCAAUGGCGGCGAGGUUGACGAUACUCUCAAGGACCCUCAUCUUUCACCGUAAAACCCUAUGCCCUACGCUCAUUCGACCUAUUUCUGGCACCUCAUUCCUCUCUCAGGAGCCGUAUCUCCAAGAGAUCUCUCCUGCAGCAAGCCCGCUCCCUCCCAAUCCUUCAUCGGGAAGCCCCUUCUACCAGGAGAAUUGGCGAAAUCCUAGUGCUGGCUCUCUUGCACUCGGGCGCCAUUCGCUUGUUCCGGUGGGGUUUGAUGACUCCAGCGCUCGUAUAAUGGCAUUCUCGCAGACGCUGGACCUGGCUAGCCUAAUGUCCGUGUUUGCAGAUUGGAUGCUUUCGCAGCGGUGGUCCGAUCUGAAGCAGCUAUUCGAAUAUUGGAUUAGGUCGCUCGACGCCAGUGGCAAGCCAAACAAGCCUGAUGUGAACCUCUACAAUCAUUACCUGAGAGCUAAUCUGAUGAUGGCGGCGUCGGCUGGUGAGCUGCUUGAUCUCGUCGCACAGAUGCAGGAGUACGAUAUCUCACCCAACACUGCGUCGUAUAAUCUGGUGCUAAAGGCCAUGUACCAGGCCAGGGAGUACGAGGCGGCAGCAAAGCUUCUUGACCGGAUGCUGCUGACCGGCUGUAUGCCGGAUGAUGAAUCUUACAAUUUGGUCAUCGGUCUUCUACUCUUGAAGAACCAGAUUGACUCUGCAUUGAAGUACUUGGACAUGCUUCUCAAAUCUGGUUCCAUGCUCUCGUCAAGUGUAUUUACAGAAUAUGUACAGAGCUGUGUUAGCACUGGAAAGUUGGACACAUUAGCAUUAAUUAUAGAGAAAUGCAAGACAACUGACCAAAACAAGGCCUUGUCUCCAUCAUGGAAACUUUGCAACUACAUUGCAGAUGUUGCAAUGCAAGCUGAUCACAGUAAACUCGCUUUCUACGCUUUGGAAUUUCUGGCUCGCUGGAUCGCUCGUGGCGAGAAUGCACGACCUCCUAUUCUUCUUUCCGUGGAUGAAGGAUUGCUUGUUUCGACCCUUGCUACUGCAGGCAGGACUUUUGAUUCUACCCUUAUAGAUGCUUCUUGGUCAUUAUUGAAGCGUUCGCUCCGUCAGAAGAGGGCGCCAAAUCCAGAGACUUAUUUGGCGAAGAUUUAUGCAUAUUCAUCGCUGGGAAAUCUGCAACGUGCUUUUAGUACUCUUAAUGAGCUUGAAACUGCCUAUGGUAACUCUGAGGAUGUUGAUAAUGAGUUGUUUUCUCCUUUUUCUUCUUUAUGUCCGUUGGUUGCUGCAUGCUGCAAAAAUGGCUUCUCCACUUUGGACUCGGUUUAUCUUCAGUUAGAGAAUUUAAGUGAUUCAGAUCCACCUUACAAGUCAGUCGCUGCCCUCAACUGUGUUGUACUAGGUUGCGCAAACAUAUGGGACCUUGAUCGGGCCUAUGAGACGUUUGAGGCAAUAACUGAAAAGAUUGGAUUAACUCCUGAUAUACAUUCCUAUAAUGCUCUCUUGUGCGCAUUCGGAAAAGUUAAAAAGACAUCAGAGGCUUGUAAAGUUUUUGAGCAUUUAGUCAGCUUAGGCGUCAAACCAAAUGCAACAACAUACACAUUACUUGUGGAUGCACAUCUAGCUAACCGAGAUCCCAAAGCUGCUCUUAACAUAAUCGAUGAAAUGGCUGAUGCAGGAUUCACACCCUCAAAAGAGAUGCUUAAAAAGGUUCGGCGACGAUGCUCUCGUGAAAUAGACAUCAAUAGUGAUGAGCGGUUACAGUCUCUGGUUCACCAAUUCGGUUAUAUGAUGGGCGGCGAAGGUCGGAGAGAGUUGCUUUAUAGCCUAAACUAUGGAUCAAACUACUAAGCCACACUAAUUUGUUUCAGUCUGCCUAAUGGCUCAUUAGAAGGAUUUUUUAGGUUUUGAUUGUAAAUUAUCAUCUACAUUCGAUUUUGACUACCCUAAAAGGUGAGAUAGGCUCCCCUUUAUUUCACCUUCCUCGCUUUUAUUUCCCGGCAAUCUUAAGCUAUCGCAAUCACAAUUUUUCAGUCUUAGAUUUUAUGAACUCAGAAUAAUUUAUAUAAAAAGAUAACGUUAGGUGUUGUUAUGUACAUUUCUCAAAUCAUAAGUUCUUUUCCUGAGCACAUUUGUGCAAUGAAGUUAUUCUGUAAGUAGUUCUAUCAUUAGUGAAUAUUUGUGAUAGUGUAAAAAAAUUUGCUUGUGCAAAAUGGUAUUGUUAGUGUCGUAUAAGCAGGACUCAAUUUUGUUCAGCAUAUUACCAUGUGCAUUG